AUGCUUUACUUUCAAUCAGUCUUUAUAUGUUUGGUUGUGAGCCUCCUCACAGUAUCCAAGAUUUCAGCUUCUCCAACUCGAUCCAGUGUAGAAAACAAUGAUACAAAACGACUGAAAGAAGAUCCAAUAGCCCUUUUGCAGUACAGACAUACAAAUGCCAAACAUGGAAUUAUAAAAUGGUCGCAAACAGACAAGAAUUCGUAUGUGCAUGGCGGGAUGGACUUUUCCGAGGAUAAAUACCUUGUGCUGCCCUCUAGCGGUUAUUAUGAUGUGCAGACGAGAAUUCAAAUGGAUACCUACACCGUAGACAUGCCAUCAUCAAAAGAGAUGCUAAUACGACUAGCUAUUAACGUAAUGGAUCCAAAUGGCAAUGUUAGAACAUUGAUGGAGGAAAAGUUUAUUCUUGGGUACAAACAGAUGUUUGGAAAACAGCUAGGUCCAGCCAUGUUCUUCUUGUCAAAAGGCAGUGUGGUAUACGUCGUUAUGAAUAAUCAUAGGUAUAUUAAUCCUAGUAAACACAACAUGUUUGGUAUCAGGAAAUGGUCAGACUGAGAACUUGAGAAGUUACAUUCAUGUUAAUUAGUUAAGUUUUGAAUCUACGUAAAACUCACUGCAUGGAGUAAAUUGUCCAAACCUUAUUUUAAGAUAUUUUUUUGUUUUACUUUUGCAACAAUAUGCAAUUAUUAUUUGUACAUUUUUCGAAUCUCAUACAAAAUUAUUACGGUUAUAUUU